GACCUGGCCGCCCCGGCGACCCGCCUCCCGCCUCCACGUCUGCCCCGCCCCACGCCUCCCCUUGCCCCCCAGUACCCAUCACCAUCCUGACUCUCCCACGGCCGCGGCCUGCGUCGCCGCCUGACUCCGAGCACGAGCAGUCUUCUGCCCAUUCCACUCCCGCCGGCGAGCUCCGCUCGGUGACGUCCUGAGGACCUGAACGCGACCGAUGAGCGCCGUCGGGCAUCGAGAUCGACUCAGCUGCUCGAGAAUUUGAGGUACACUUUCUGCCUCUUUAUUCUGCGCUCCUGAAUGCUCGGGACCUGCGGUGCCUACACAGACUUGCAUUUAAGACGUAACUUUGAUGAGAAGAUUGGCAGAACGAUUAUCUUACAUUCCCAGAUCGCUUUCCUUGAUACAAUUCAAGGAAAUGUCCUCAUUCGCUGCUGGUCAUGGACGCCGUCCCAAGAAGAAGCUUUAUCACCGUGAGCCUGGUCUCGACAAGGCCAUGGACCUCCAAAAGAAGCCCGCCCUCCUCCUCCGUCUCCGUGAGCUCAUCCUGGCCCAAAAGACAGGUUCACUACUUGUACGUGACCUUGAAAAGGAGGUUGGCUUUGUCCAAAAAUGGAACUUUGUUGCACUGAUUGAGCGCCACCCCAAUAUCUUCCGUGUCUCUGAUGGAAGUACAUCGCGUGAACCCAUUGCUGUCACGCUUACUGAGAAGGCCAGAAAUAUUUCUGGCGAGGAGAUCCAAGCACAGGAGCUAAUGGAACCUAUCUUGGUAAGAAAUCUGAGGAAGCUGUUAAUGAUGUCCAUGGACUGCCAGAUCCCUUUAGAGAAGAUUGAGCUCAUCCAACCUGAAUUGGGUCUACCAAAGAAUUUCAAGGACAAGUUGAUUCCUAGUUACCCUGAUUUUUUUUCAAUACGUGACGUGAGAGGGUUGGACCAUCUGUGUUUGGAGAGUUGGGAUUCUUCACUAGCAGUCACAGCACGAGAAGAAAAAUUGAACUUCGAUGGUUUCCAAAUGGAGUACAGAGGGGUUCCUAAAGAUGGAAAUUUACUGGGUCCUUUUGCUUUCAAGUUAAAGUAUCCAGCAGGAUUUAGGCCCAACCGGAAGUACCUUGAGGAGGUAGUCAGGUGGCAGAAGAUGGCGUUUCCUUCACCUUAUUUGAACGCUAGGCGAGUGGAGCCUGCAACUCCACAGGCUCGGAAGCGAUCUGUUGCUGUUCUACAUGAGGUCUUAAGCUUGACAAUGCAGAAACGACUGACAUCUGACAAGCUAGAAGUCUUCCAUAACGAGUACAGGCUGCCAUGCAAGCUACUCCUUUGCUUGAUAAAAAAUCAUGGGAUUUUCUACAUCACUAACAAGGGAGCAAGAAGUACCGUCUUUCUCAAGGAGGCCUACGAUGAUACUAAUCUCAUUGAGAAGUGUCCUCUACUGAAAUUCCAUGAUCAGUUUUCCUCUUUAAUUGGACGGCCAUGCUCCGACUUGAAUACUCCACUGGCAUUAUAGCUCGAGUAUUGAUUUACAUGAGAAGCAAAACCAUGGUGUGUCUGGCUGGUGCACCAUCUUAGUUGAUUUCUUGAUGCUCACAUGAGCCCAUUUGCACACAACAAACUAUGUAAGUCCUCUGUACAAUGGAUGUUUCUUGCACCUUGGCUGUUAAAGAUAGAACUGUAAACACCAACGUCACAUCAUCAAAUAUGAAGCCCUUCCAGGAAUCAAGUUGCGGCUCAGCUGAUGAGAGGUCACAGGUUCAGUUGAAAUGUAGGGGUUAGGUUGAGGGAUUUGAGAGGAUUAACUCCAGUAGCUUCUAAUUCCAAAAAAAAAGUUACAGUAUCAGUUCUGCUUUGUAUUAACAUACGUAAUGUUGAGUUUGCUUUUCCUACUUGGAUGGCUUUCUACGUUUGGCUCAUAAACAAUAAUCCGGCACUCAUUUAUCUGAAACUCUAUUAUUCA